CCCACCCCCAACCCUCAGGCGCGUCCCGGGCCAUCGCCGUUCCUCGUCGCUACCCUGCUGUACCCGCCCCGGACGCGAUAUUUGGCGAUUUGAUUUUGAGGCUGGAAAGAUGAAGAUUAAGCGAGGAGGCGUUCCCAAAAGAAGCUCGUAUAAAAAACAAAAGACUGGCACAAGUAAUGGAGGAAUUUCGCAUCCCCACAACCCUUUCGAAGAGGAAUUCGGCAGCUCGAGUGGUUCUGGCCAAGGUGUCUGGACGGAACUCAGUGAAGAAGUUGCGUCAAACUUAGCAAAUACUGUGGUAUCUCUGGCGUCAUUCAGUGAAGGAAACACAAUGUUCUUUGCAUGUUCGGGCAUAAUUAUCAAAAAUGAUCCGGAUACUCAGAUUACGAGCUUUCUAACCUCGUUAAGUUUGGUUAGAUCUACUGAAGACGACAGAAAGCUCUUUCAGAAUAUGAAGAUUCAAGUGCGCCUUCCAGAUGACCAAGUUGAGCUUGGCUGGUUGAACUUCUAUGAUUUACAACACAAUCUCGCUGUUAUCAACAUACCUCGCUUCCACACUCUUCGAGUGGCGUGUCUAGAUAAUCAGCGGCAAUUUGAGUGCCAUAGCAAAGUAGUUGCUGUAGGACGUUGCUUCAACUCAGGAAAAUUAAUGGCCACAUCUGGGAUGUUAACUGACAAUCCAAGCCGAGAUUACCGCGAGGAGCUUGCAAUCUCCACAUGUGAAAUUACCAUGACUGGAGUUGGAGGGCCCCUCAUUAAUUUUGAUGGGGACUUCAUUGGGAUGAACUUUUAUACUGAGAAAGAGACUCCAUUUCUACCAAGGAAUAUAAUUCUUGAACUCCUCAAGCAGUUUAGCGAAAGAAUCCCGUCCUGGGCUAAGAAAGGACCUGGUAGUACGGUCGAAAGAUUUCCCAUACCUCGCAGCUUAAGGGGGGGAGAGAAAAAAAAGGCUCAGAAACCUUCCAUAUGUACUCUCUGUGAUCCAGAAUGUCAACCAGGACUGAAGGAUCAAAUACUAAACUGUAAGUGUUUUCAUGCUCGAUGGCCAUAUUCGUCUGCUCAUGGUAUUGCUGAAAAAGAAGAGCUGAGGUCCAAUGGUUAUCCUUUUCCACUUUGGGAGGAUAUCGGCAGGCGUUUGGUUAAUAGUUUUGAAGAGGAAUUCAGUGAAAUUAUCUUGAGCGAGCUCCAAAAAGAAGUUGUUUCAAAUAUGUCUCAAAGUGUUGUAGCACUGGCUUCAUUCAUUGGAGGAAAAAGGUGUUUUGCUUGCACGGGCGUAGUUAUAGAAUGCAAUGAGUCUACCACAAGAGUUCUGACCUCGGCAAGUUUGGUUAGAACUUCUGUCAUUGAAAACAAGGUUGCUGAUAACUUGAAGAUUAUAGUGUGUCUUCCAGAUAAUCGAAUUAUUCGAGGGACUUUGCAACAUAUUAGCCCAAACUAUAACAUUGCCGUUGUCGACAUCACAGGUUUCUGCUGUACUCGGGCAGCACGAAUGAGUGAUCAGGUGCAACUUAAACCUCAUGGGGAGGUAGUAGCUUUAGGGCGCGUCUACAUUUCAGGUAAAUUAAUGGCCACAAGUGGGGUAGUGACUAGCAAGCCAAGUGAGCUUAAUUGCAAAGAUCUUGUGAUCUCUACUUGCAAAAUCACCAAGGCUGGAAUUGGAGGGCCUCUUAUCGAUUUUGAUGGGAACUUUAUUGGCAUGAACUUCUAUGGCUUGGAAGAAACUCCAUACAUACCAAUGAAUAUAAUUCUGGAAUUCUUGGGGAGUUUCGGUGCACAAAGCUGUAAUGUACAUAAAGCAUGUCAGCUUGGUGAGCGGAAUCUUUAGUAAAAAGAUACACUGCGAUAAGGGAGAAUCGAAAAAUAGCAAUUAUGCAAAUGCACAUACAUAGCAAAAUGAACAGCUAGUGCCUACUGCCUAGUGGUCACUAAUCGGUAGGUUUGUUUAUUCUUCAAGAAACCGAAUAGUUUACAGUUAAUUUACUGCAUUUCCUAAAAAAUCUUCUGAGAGGUCCUACACAUGCCUUAUUCCUAAAAAAUCCUUGUGAUAAUCUUGUGCGAAUAAAAUUUGGACAAUCAUCUCUUCCGUAUAUGAAUGAAAAAUCCAUAUUUUAGGAGCAAAGCUAGUAGCA